AUGCCAAUGUUGAGCCCACACCAUCGGUUCUACUUUUCGCAAGGAUUCAGCGUCCUUCCCCCACCUCCCACUCCGUUUGUACCAUCUUCCGGAAAUCUGAUGCUCCAAUUUACACCAUCGUCCAUGUCGAAUCUGUCUGAUCCAGGUGUGCCCCGAGACACAGCAAGGAUUAGCGUUGGGCCCCAAGCCUCGUCGUCCUGCUUCUCAUUCAAUAUCAACGGCUUCAGUCUUGGUUGCGACUCCAAGGAUUCUCCUUGCGUUUUCAACUUCACAGGGCUGCGAUUCGACCAACAGUCCCAGCAGGAGAAGGAAGUGGCUUGGCUGACGGUCGAUGUCCCAGCAUGUACUAGCACGGACCAUUGCGAACUUGUUCCGGUUGUGUUCAAGGGAUUUGACAACUUGACAUCAGUCCAAGUCGCCCUCAAGGUGGACGAGAAGGCCAAGGUCUGGUGGGCAGAUGAUCUCGCACUUGGAUGGUCUGAUAACCAGUGCGAGAAGGCCAUCUGCCGAUCGAAAGUCCGCGAUUCUGUUCGCAAACGUGACGGAUUUUCUAGUGGCCGAAAACCGAGAUCGAGGCUAUUAGACUUUGCUUUGUUCCGUGGUUGA